CCGGAGAUAAAUUGUUGGCCCUUUGAACUCAAGUUGCUUGAAGUACCUGUAACAUGAACACAGCCUGUCGGGACCUGUCAAGGGUGCAGUGUGGGGACAGAGACAUGUAACAAGUUGAAGAAGAAGAAAGUCGUUGAGGACCUAAAAGGGAUCGGAACAGAAGGCUGCUAUUUUUUCAGCUCGAUCACUGGUAUUUAAAGUCAUCGAUGUUCCAGGUCAGAAAUUCCAUCUCAAGGCUCAAACCAUUUUCGUGAAAUUCAGUACGACUUCGGACACCUCGAGCGUCAUACAGAAAUGUGUCACGCACAUCCCCAUUAUCACGGAUGUCAACACACCUCUGUGAAAUGGUUUUAUUGCCCGGAAGGUGCCUUUGACCCCAAGGUUGGAUACGCAUCGCCAUGCUCAAACCCAAUAUACACGGCUCCGCAACCAUCGAACGCAGACUGCCCUCUUCAGAAUUGCAACUAUAAAGUCUUGGGAGGCAGCUGGACCUGUUGCCAGUGCGCCUAUAAUGCGAAUUCGCAAGGCUGGUGUAACGGCAAAGAUUCUCGCCUUGGGAAGACUUAUAUUGUAUCAAGUAGUGGGAACACAGAAUGGCAGAGCUGUGGCCACGGCUGCUGCAGUAAAUGCGUGGCAAACAAUUCUUCCAGUUCCAGUCCUGAGCUAGCCUCCACAGAUGUUCGAAAAGGUAAACACCGAAGCAGGCGAGGGGCACAAUCUUGAGUUCGGACAUGAGAGUUCAUCAUCCCCGUCAUCGUCGGGUGGUUCUGAAUUUGUUAUGGAUAUUGCCUGUUCUAAGAAGUCGAAGUCUGCAAGUGGGAUGAAGGAAACACAAGAACGGAGUCAUCACCAUUAACUGCUUGGAGACGUUAGUUGGGGCACAAGUGGCUGGCUACUCGCACAUACGUGCAGUCCAGUAUUGGUCUCAAGAUAUAGCUGCCAGUCUAUGUCAAGAUCAACCUCGGAUACACUUUUGUUGCCAUUGCUGCCUCCACUCCGC